GGACUAUCAGCUUAUUGAUCUGCAAUACCUGAGCCAGUACUCCGGCCUAUCACGGUCUAUGAUGCCCCACGCAGGCCUGUCCGGCCAGUGAUUCCGUGCUGGGGUGACACGCUGCAGAGUGACCGCAGCACCCCCGCCGAGCUGGACCCAGGGUUCCGGUUCGGCAAGGAGCCUGGCUGCCAUGAGCGGGAAAUGACCCCAGUGUUCCGGUUCGACCAGCUGCUGGACUUUGACGACGACUCCGUGGACAUGGGGGCAUCUGCCUUCUCCAGGUCUGACAGUGAUCUCAUACUGACCAGCCUGGACAUGGAUCAUAACUGUGUCGCCCAUGGCACCUGUGUUGAGAGAAACACCCCUGUCCUGGUCCACCAGCAGACUGGCAGUGGAGACAGCUCCUGGGGGGAGAGCGUGGCCCUGGGCGAGCAGGCAUGCUUGGGGAUUGCUGCGGGCUCCUCUGUCCGCCCGCCUGAGGCCCUGCUGGAGGCUGGCAGCCGGGCAGGGGCACGGAGUGAGCUGGAGCGUAGAAUGCGUGACAUGCACGACAUGCAUCUGGAGAUUCGGCAGGAUCUGGAUGCGGUGGAGCACACGCUGACCUUUGACCCACAGCAGCAGGAGAGCCUGCGCGAGGAGAAACAGCGGGUGGAGAAUCACCUCCAGCCGCAGAGGAAGCAAACGUGGUUUAGACGUCUCGGCAACGCCAUCAAAGGCCUAGGGAAGAGGAAGAGGAAGGAGGAGUUUGACGUGGGAGAGGGUGUCCCUGGGUGUGACGAGCUGUGCCCAAUCUCACAGGAUGUGAGCAUCUCGCAGGCCACUAUGCGGAAGAUGCACGAGGCGGAUGCCUGUGUCAGAAACUGGCGGGCGGUCGCACGUCACCAGCGGCAAAUGGACCUGCUCCAGGAAACGCUGGAGGACAUGGAGCGAAGCUUCCAGAAGCAGAAAGUGCAGCUGCAGAAUGCCGAAAGCGCACUGGACAGGCAACAGACCUGUGGAGGGGCAGAGGCCCUGAAGGAGGAGAAAAGGAGGAAAGAGGAGAUGCUGAAGAGCAAGAAACCAAAGAAGAUGGGCCUGAAGAGAAGGUUCUCCUUGUGCCUACGCUGCCUCACAUGAAUGUCAUCAAAAACUAUCGGAAUAUCGGAACUAUCAUCAAAAGCUGUCAGGAUCAAUGGCGUAACUAUAGGGGAUGCAGCAGGUGCGAUCGCACCUGGGCCCGUGAGUUGUGGGGGGCCGUGGCCGGGCCCAUAGACAUAUUUAUGUCUACAGUCUAUUGACGGCCCCAACAGUACUGCGUCUGACAGAAGUCUCAGACCCUAACUUUCGACGCUCAAAUAUGCUUGUAUUCACAGAUGAACUGGUAUUCUACAGUUUUGAGUGUCUAAUGCUAUAUAUACGCUUGAAAAGGCAAAUGUAUCUCUAUCAUGGUUGGUAUUAUUUGU